AUGACAAAAAAUCAGGAUGAAGCGUUGAGGAGAGACGUGGUGGAGCUAGGAAGUGUGGUCAGGACUUUUUCCAACAAAAAUGAUGGAAUGGAACAGGCCAUCAGGACAAUGGAAUUCAGACAGGAUGCUACUGAAAAGCUGCUCAAAGGAUUGGAUCAGAAGUAUGAAGGGAUGAUGAAUAUGAUGGCUCAAUUAAUGGCCAAAGUUAGCGAUCGAGGAAAGGAGCUGGAAGGAAGUAGCAGCUCAAAGGGGGAGGAUAGGCCAAACGAGUCCAGGUUGGAUUUGCAGAAGGAAACAGUCAGUAAAAGAGAUAACAGAAUUAGUGGAAGACUGCCUAAAAUGGAUUUGCCAAUUUUCGAGGGGAAUAACCCCAGAGAGUGGAUCAGGAAGGCUGAUAAAUAUUUCAAAAUAUAUGAGAUAGAGGAGAACAUGAAAGCUGAGAUAGCUGAACUCUAUUUCAGGGACAGAGCUGAUAUCUGGUUCCAUGGGGUCUUCCAUGGGAGAGAGACCAUUUCCUGGACAGAGUUGUCUACUGCUAUGAGUAUCAGAUUUGGAGAGGGGAGUCCAGAGGAGGCCAUUGAAGAAUUCAACAAGUUGGUGCAGACUGGAUCCGUGGCUGACUACCUUGAAAAAUUUGAAAUGCUGAAAGCACUGGUAAUGCCAUCCUUACCUCACUUGUCUGAUUCAUAUUACAAAGCAUGCUUCAUGAGUGGUCUAAAAGAGGAGAUAGUUAAUAUGGUUAAAAUGUCUAAACCUGAAACCUUAGCUGUUGCUAUUGAAUUAGCAAAACUCCAAGAGAAAAACCUCAAAGCUAUUCAGAAAAUGCAGAAACCUGCCACUACCAACUUCAGCAACCAUAGACCUCCCACUAAAAUAACCCCAGCCCUCAGAUGGAACCAAAACCACCCAAAACACCCCAACCAGAACCAAGACCAGAAAACAUCCAACCAGAACCAAUUCAAAAAAAUAUCACCUACAGAAUUUAACCUGAGAAGGGAGAAGGGGCUAUGUUAUAAAUGUGCUGAACCAUAUACCAUGGGUCAUGUAUGCAAACAAUCACAUGUGCAUUUCCUAUUAGCUGAAGAGACUGAGACUAGGGAAGAGGCCAGAGAGCCAGAAGAGGAAGUUUACUGUGAUUGCAUUAAUGGGGAACUGUCAGAUGAACACAUAGAAGUAUCUGUUCAUGCUUUGGCUGGGGGAAAGUCACAGGACUAUGAAAUUAAAGGGGAUCUUAAACUGGGCACUCAGGGACCAAACCUGGUUGUCAAUGUAGCUAAUGGAGAGACGGUGGAUUCCAAGGGACUGGAUAAGCCCUUGCAGUGGGAAAUGCAGGGACACCAGUUCCAACAGGCCUUCAACACCUUAAGGUUGGGGGGCUGUGACAUGAUCCUUGGGGUAGACUGGUUGGCCAAACAUAGUCCUAUAGAGUUCAAUUUCAGAGAACUCAGCAUGAAAAUCCACCAGAGGAGUCAGGAAGUGGUGCUAAAAAGGGAGGGUGUCAUCACCAAACUGAAAGGGCUCAAUGGAGGAAGGUUGGCAAAAUGGUUGAGGAAACAGUCAUAUGGGGUGGUGGCUCAGCUGGUAGCAGUAGAAGAAGAGGGAAGUGCAACACAGCUGCCUGCUGAGAUCAGUCAGAUACUAGAGCAAUACAAGGAUGUCUUUGAGGAACCCAAGGGAAUGCCUCCAGUCAGGGGCCAUGAACACCAGAUCGACCUUAAGGAAGGAGCCAAGCCUUUUCAAGUAAGACCUUACAGGUGCCCCUACAUCCAGAAAACAGAAAUCGAGAGACUGGUAAGGGAGAUGCUAGAACUAGGCAUCAUACAGCCUAGCAGUAGCCCCUUUGCCUCACCAGUACUACUAGUUAAGAAGAAAGAUGGGACAUGGAGGUUCUGUGUCGAUUACAGAUAA